ACGCACCUCCCUUUACUUGGCAGGCCUGCCAUUGGCCAGCCAAAGCUGGCUUGUUUUUAAAGGUCGGGCGCUGAUUGGCCGACUGUGUAAGAAACAGUCGGUUUAAAUCGGGGGCGGGAGCGUGUUCCGUUUGAAUCCAACAGACAGUAGCUGUACUCUGGCCGACAAACCCCGACCGACAACCGCAGAACAGGACGGUAACGCUCAUGGCCUCCCAGAACAUGGACCCCGCAGCGGCUGCAGCUUCCAGCACCGCCGCUCUGAAAGGCAGCGACAGCGGCGGCAGCGCGGCCAGAGGCUCUGUGUCCAAACGGCUGCAGCAGGAGCUGAUGACGCUCAUGAUGUCAGGUGAUAAGGGGAUCUCUGCGUUCCCAGAGUCAGAUAAUCUGUUUAAGUGGGUUGGAACCAUCGAUGGCGCUCAGGGGACGGUGUACGAGGGCCUCAGGUACCGCCUCUCUCUGGAGUUUCCUGCCGGUUACCCGUACCAGGCCCCACGCGUAAAGUUUGUCACACCAUGUUUCCACCCCAACGUAGACGAGCACGGCUUCAUCUGCCUUGACAUCCUGAAGGACAAAUGGUCAGCGCUCUACGACGUUCGCUCCAUCCUGCUGUCCAUCCAGAGCCUGCUGGGAGAGCCGAACAACGACAGUCCUCUUAAUGGUGUGGCGGCCGAACUGUGGGACAACCAGGAAGCUUUCAGAACUCAUCUACGCUCGACCUUCCAAAAUUGAAGCUCCGCCUCCUCAUGUUCGUCUGUCUUCCGUGUUUGUAUCAUAUUUUUAUGUUUGUCAAUAAAGUUCUUAAUUCAA